CUUUCCUUGCCAGAUGUGGGCGGAGCUUCUGAGCUGGCCUUCCUGCUGGAGCCCACUGAUGUCAUCGCAGUGCGGGACCGGCCCCUUCUCCUGGACUGCCAGGUGGAAGGGGAGGGGCCUAUCUUGGUCGCGUGGCGUAAGAACGGUGUGCCAGUUGCGACGGGACACAGGGUGAUGGUGCUGGUCAACGGGACACUCCUGAUCCAGAACUUCCAAAAACGGCGGGACGGGGAUGAGACGGACGCCGGGGAGUACGACUGUGCUGCGCAGAACCGCUUCGGCCUGCUGGUCAGCCGCAAGGCCCGCGUACAGCUGGCCUCUCUCCCUAAGUUUCACACACACCCUGACUCCAUGUCGGUGGACGAGGGGGGUGUGGCUCGUUUCCAGUGCCAGCUGAACGGAAUCCCAGAGGCCACCAUCACCUGGGAGAGAGACAGAAUUCCACUCAGCAGAUACGACUCCAGGUACACCCUGCUUCCUGCAGGUAUUCUCCAGAUCACCGGUGUUAAGCGCAACGAUGCAGGGCUGUACCGCUGCAUGGCCUCCAACAUCGCCAACGUCCGCUACAGCCACGAAGCCCAGCUCAACGUCACUGGUGGGGCCCCUAAGACCUUCAAGGAACCAGUCAUCCUGUCGGGCCCCCAGAACCUGACCAUCACGGUGCACCAGACUGCCAUCUUGGAGUGCAUCGCCACGGGCAACCCCCGGCCAAUAGUGUCCUGGAGCAGGCUGGACGGGCGCUCCAUUGGCGUGGAGGGCAUCCAGGUCCUGGGCACGGGGAACCUGAUGAUUUCGGACGUGUCGCUGCAGCACUCAGGGGUAUAUGUCUGCGCCGCCAACCGGCCCGGGACCAGGAUGAGGCGUACGGCGCUGGGCAGGCUGGUGGUGCAAGCUCCCCCUGAGUUCCUUCAGUGGCCGCAGUCUGUCUCCAAGCCAGCAGGGGGCAGCGCGGUAUUCACCUGCGUGGCUCAGGGGGUCCCCGAGCCUCACCUGAUCUGGCUGAAGAACGGCAAGGUGCUGACCCCAGGAGACAACGUCAAACUCACCAACAACAACAGCACCCUCGCGGUGACGCGCAUCACCUCCGAGGACGAGGCCAUCUACCAGUGCAUCGCGGAGAACACCGCCGGCACCAACCAGGCCAGCGCGCGCCUGGCCGUCUCCCUGGCCAAGGACUUGCCGGACGCGCCGCAGAACCUGAAGGCCGUGCCGCUGUCCUCCACUGCCCUGCAGCUGACCUGGGCGCAGCCGCCCGCAGAAAUCACUGACGGCAUCAUUGGAUACGUGCUUCACAUCCGCAAGCUUGGCGAGCCAGACAGCAAGGAGCUGCAGGAAGCCGUCAGCAAGACGACGUUCCAGCACGAUUUCACCGCCCUGGAGCCGGCCACCACAUACUCCAUCUACCUCAAGGCCUACUCCCCGCUCGGCGCCAGCCAGCAGUCCAACACUGUCAUCACCACCACACUAGGGGGCGUGCCCGCUGUCCCCAGUUUCUUCACCAAGGUACUGAACUCCACGGCGGUGCAGGUGUACUGGGAGCUCCCAGGGAAACCGGGGAAGGUGGAAGGGUUCAAGCUGUCCUUCCGGAAGGUUCCGCAGGCCGACUUCCAGGGACCCUACGUGCUGGCCAGCCACGUUAACACCCACACCAUCGCCCGGCUCGAACCCGGGGCCGUGUACGAGAUCCAGCUUCUGGGCUACAACGGCAACGGGGACGGCAACUGCUCCAAAAGGCUGCUGUCAUUGGCCGAGGACGGUACCAGCGCAAAGACCAGCAGCGAUGGAGAUUCCCCGUGUAACUGUCGGCAGGAAGGAGAGGGCUCCAUGGCUGGCAUCGUGGUGGGCAUCCACAUCGGCAUGGCCUGCAUCAUCUUCUGUGUGCUCUUCCUCAUGUUCGGAUACCGCCGCAGCUUUUUCUGCAGGAAGGGUACCCAGGACAGCUGGUCUGUGCCUCAGGGGGACGAAGCAAAUCACCUGGAUCAGAGAAACGGACUCUCCAAAGAGGGCGUGGCCCACCCACCGGAAGCCAUCGAACUAGGAGCAGGGGGGCAGUGCCCACCCCGCCCACCCCAGCAGUGCCAGGUGCUCAUCGAGCAGCACCCCUCCAGCCUCCCUUGCACAGGCACCGGCUAA